AUGCAGCACUUCAUCGAUAAGAACAAUGAUUUCCAAAUAAAAUUUUCGAACAUUUGGAUUACCAAGGAUUUUCAAGCAAUUCCUCCAUACUUAAGCAGUAAACGGCAAAAAUGUAUUGAAAAUGAAUGGAAUGAAUGGAAUGAAUGGAAUGAAUGGAAUGAAUGGAAUGAAUGGAAUGAAUGGAAUGAAUGGAAUGAAUGGAAUGAAUGGAAUGAAUGGAAUGAAUGGAAUGAAUGGAAUGAAUGGAAUGAAUGGAAUGAAUGGAAUGAAUGGAAUGAAUGGAAUGAAUGGAAUGAAUGGAAUGAAUGGAAUGAAUGGAAUGAAUGGAAUGAAUGGAAUGAAUGGAAUGAAUGGAAUGAAUGGAAUGAAUGGAAUGAAUGGAAUGAAUGGAAUGAAUGGAAUGAAUGGAAUGAAUGGAAUGAAUGGAAUGAAUGGAAUGAAUGGAAUGAAUGGAAUGAAUGGAAUGAAUGGAAUGAAUGGAAUGAAUGGAAUGAAUGGAAUGAAUGGAAUGAAUGGAAUGAAUGGAAUGAAUGGAAUGAAUGGAAUGAAUGGAAUGAAUGGAAUGAAUGGAAUGAAUGGAAUGAAUGGAAUGAAUGGAAUGAAUGGAAUGAAUGGAAUGAAUGGAAUGAAUGGAAUGAAUGGAAUGAAUGGAAUGAAUGGAAUGAAUGGAAUGAAUGGAAUGAAUGGAAUGAAUGGAAUGAAUGGAAUGAAUGGAAUGAAUGGAAUGAAUGGAAUGAAUGGAAUGAAUGGUUGGAUGAAUGA